AUGUGGGAAAUCAACAGCAACAUUGCCACAUCCACAUCCACAUCCAGAUCCAGAGGCACACUUCCAACUGUUUUGACGUGGUCGGGUUCCAAUGGCGCUGGCACUACCGAAUGCUGCAGCGCAGCCUUGCAGCCAUCCAGCGGCGACGCGUUGCAUGUGCAGCAGCAGCAGCAACAGCAACAGCAGCAGCAACAUCAGCAGCAGCAGCAACAGCAACAGCAACAGCAGCAACAACAGCAGCAGCAGGAUACGAAAACGAGGAUGACAACGACCACAGGCAAACGCGGAGGACACAGAUACAGCAGCAGGCUCAGUCACCGAUGCACAGCAACAAUUGCUGCAUAUUAG